UUUGUAAAUAUUUGUGAAUCUCUGAACAUCAAACCUUCCCUUGAUCUCUUCCUUCAUAUGUAUGAUGUCUUGCCCGGGACUAGUAACUGCCCGGGCUUUGUUUACUUCCAUUCCCGUGCCAACUCUAGGGGUUUUUUAACCGGUCUCCCCCCUAGCCACAAGAAAUGGAAACAAAGAUUUGUUUUCAUUGAAUUCCCCCCUGACCAAUUUCCCCUCUCUAACCGUGAGUGGGCUGACUGGGUUAUAAAACCUGAAAGGGUUCACCCUGUGCCCACUAAAGAGCUUGAGGACGCUUGCGAGAAACUUCUCAAGGGUGAUCCUGUGACCGGGAAACCUUAUGCUUAUGGGGGCUGGGUGUACCGGUUGUCCAACCCGGAUGGGGGUAUGUCUGCGACCCAUGACGCAGAAGAUGACCGGGCCAACUCCCCGGAUGGUCAUGCUGAGGGCAGUUCUCCUCAUCCAGACAUGGAAUUCAACAGGAUGACCACCAUCAUCGAAGAUGACGACGAUGAUAUUCAAGUCCUCCAUUCCGACCGGUCACCUCUUUCCAAGCCUCCUUCUCCUCCUCAUAUCCCUGAAAUGGAUGAGGCCACAAGUGCCCGGUGUAGCCCUAUCCCUGAACAGAGCCAGAAGCUGAAAUCUCCUCCAGCCACCCAUCUCUUUGAAAAUGACCGGGUCCCUUCUCCUAAGAAGGAUGUCAAGGCCAAAGGAAAGGAGACCGGUCAUUCUUCCUCUCACAAAAUGAAGGGUUCCCACAAGACUUCCAAGGGAGAAAAGAAGAAGAAGGUCAGGCUAUCAAAUUUGGAGGGGGAGUCCAUCGAAGUUGGAGUUCUAUCCGAAGAAGUUGGCCGGUCACUCCUGGAAUCCAAGGACCAGGUCUCCGAACUCACCCUCCUUCUUGAUUCUGCCAAGUUGGAGAUCAAUGACCGGGUC